AUGACAAAGAGCCCGCCCCAAACGUUGCCCCCCUUCAGCCCGACAGAGGAUGGCUGGAUGGCAAAGAACAUGAUAUGGCAGACGUGUGAAGUGUCAGGGCAUGUGAAGCUUAGUGUCAUGGGCCUGGACCCGGCCAAAGUUGAUUUGGAGUUCUGCCUGCAGACCCUGGACCGCGCUGUGCGGAACAACGACGGAGGCAUCGACAUGCUGGAGGAGGUGGAGAGAACGCCACUCAUGAACUUCCAGCCCAACGCGGAGCGCUUCAUCCGGGUCGUCUUGCCGCCUGUCUUCAGCGUUUGCGACUUGUUGGGGUUUAGGGUUUAG